AUGGGAAGAGCUUACCCCUCCAAUCUCUCUGGCAAACACGGCGGCGGCUUCGAUCCCAACAGUAACACUUCUGUACAAGUACCUUCGUCACAACAAUUCUAUCCAACACAGUCCCAUCACUGUGGCGGAGGUUCUUACGAUCCAAACAAUCCCACAAAGCCUGUCGUUGUAGUGCAGCACCAACCAGUAUCGCAACUACAGCCGACAUUCUCACCCCAGAUCGACAUUACCAUCACCAUGGUCGCGAAUGACGCUCAAGCAUCAGUUCGCGAGAUCGCGCCAUAUGAACAUGCUGCUCCGUACCAAGGUGACAACGGAGCAAAUGAAAAACAACCAGGUGUCUCGUCCGUAGUGCGCAACGGCCCGAUAGAGCUGAAAGGAUAUUCGUACAUCUUCUCACCCAUUACUACGGUGAAAUGGGGGUUUCCGAACUUCUAUCGCAAGCCAGGACUUGGGUAUCAGAAGCUUGGCCAACACCGUCAUCGCGACUGCUUUGAUCGCGAAUGGACGGGCGACUAUGAUGAUCGAUACAUCUCAUCCUGGGAUGGCCAGGUUUCUAAGCUCGUUGUACAAGCGGUGGACGAUAUCUUCGAAAACAACACGGGAUCUACGUACCGGAGAACAUUCAUCCGCAACAUUGCGCCAGUGUAUUUGCGACUGGCCAACUGGCCCUUCAAACACAUUGACUUUGCGCGGCUCAAUGGGAAGAUUCCUAGUGAAGACUACCCUAUGCUUUGCCUCAAAUGGUUCAUCGCAUCGUGUAUGAUCACGAUAUUUAUCUCUAGUCCAAGCCCUGCUGAGAUAGCUUCACGAAACGGGGGCAACUACGAUCCCGUGCCGUAUCAGUACUUUGGGUACCCAAAAGUCGCCAAAAACGCGAUCGAGAUGCACAGACCCAAAGGUCUCGCGUCGAGUGAGGCCAACCCUAUCGCUGAGCGUGUCUUGCGUCCCAGAUAUCUCUGCUUCUUGCGUGAGCAAGGUAAGCCGGCGAUGAUCAUCAAGGUCGAAGAUUGGCUGGCACAACAAAACGGUAACAGUCUAUCAUAUGUCUUUAUUGCAUACACCGCCGAGCAGUUCAACACGCCCGAUGACUUUAGGGUCUUACAUGAGAUUGCCGACGCCGCGGCGCGCAACGCGGGUGUCAUUGCAUACUGGGUCGGAUGUUCUUGUAUGCCUGACAACCAACUCGAGGAGGACGUGUAUCGUAUAUGCGAUGUCAUUCGAGGCGCGCAGUCCCUCGUGAUCGCAGUCGCAGCUCCAGCAAACAACAGGUACGAGAUCAACACACCUGAUCUCAUGCUUCAACAAUGGGGUAGCCGAGUGUGGACUUUUCCGGAAGUUCUCCUAGCUCCUGCUGGUGAGAUGAUCAAAGUCUACGUGCGUGACAGCGAUCUAUCGCAGCCAAUUCUGGUCGCAAAGAAUCAGUUCGCUGCUCAAGUCUGGCACGACGACGCUCAUGUCGCCCGACAGCUUAUCGACCACUACGAAGGAAAUUUGAUCUUGAGCCAGCUUGAGCUCGUCACGCUUGCUCUCGAGUGCCUGCACAAACGCCAGACUGGAGAGUAUCUUCCUGGCGAUCACAGCUACGCUUUGAUGGGCUUGCUUCGCUUCAGGCCACAGAUCGAUCGUACGGACUCUGCGUUUCAAGCAUUCGCGCGUCUCUCCCUUGCGAACGGUAGCGACCAGCUACUGGAGCGUCUGAUAUGCAUGCUGCCGAAGACGCCGGACCAACCGUGGCACUCGAUGGACGAUGCCUACAAUGCCAAGCUCUGGGACAUAUUGCCUCAAGAUGUCGGUAUUGCCGGUGUUGGUGAAGACGAUAGCAUCAUCCUUGACGGUUGCCGUGCCGCAAAUGUACGGUGGAAGUCAUUCACACCAGUCGCUUACACUCGGCGCGACUCGUGGAAACGUAUGAUCGCGAAGUUGAUGCUGCGUCUCGGCGGUGUCGUGUUCAUCGUUGCUAUUACACUCCUUGCUAUCCCUUUCGCUACCUCGAUACUGCGCGCCAUCGGCGCCUUUUUGCUCAUCUACUCACUGUUGAUCAUGGGCUUAUCGCCAUGGUUGCUUCGCUUGCUCUACCUUGGCAAGUUUUGGGAGCAACAAUGCUGGUUUUUUGGCUUUGAGGGCUAUAUGGACCUGGAAACGAUUGAGACCCAGAUCUUUGGUGGUAGACUUGGGCGCAUGAAGUGGACCGCAGCGGCUAGUCCACUUUCCAGGCACGAGCGCAAUGUUCAUGGCGAAUGUGUUCCUGUCGAUCCAACAACCGACCCUGCCGUUGCAGCUCUUGUACAACGAGCGAAAUCAGCUGGACCUGGGGAGCAGCGCCUCUUCACGCUGGUAGAUACCGGCAACAUGACUGCGAUUCUCUUCCUUGCCGAACGACCACCCGUGUGUUUUCUCAUGGCCGGCUCUGAGGGCGGUAUGAAGCGCAUCAUUGGUUGCUCCUACGACUGGACCACGGCAACGAUGUACCGAGAAACCGUGCUGCGAAUAGGUACAGAGUUCGAGGACAAGAUGUCGCGCAUUGGACGUGUCAAGAUUGGCUUUAAGCGCAAGCAGCAUCCCUUCGGCCCGUUGUCCCAGGUUGGCGAGGCAGAAGUUUGGAUCCGUGACGACAAAGGGCCGACUAUAGCAGAUAACCGCGCUGUUCUUCAGCACAAGACGUGUGCCUCUAAGCGACUGACCAUGUAUCAUUUUGUUGCCCCACUCUUCUUGGUCUCUUCGGAGGGCCAAGCGAACAGGCCCGACCACCAGCUCAACAACAUCGAAGCCGUAACCACUAAGCAGCGCAGAAAAGUUCAGAAUCGGAAGAACCAACGAUUGCAUCGUCUACGAAAGAAGAAGCCAAACGCGGCUUCUGCUCAAUCCUCGCGCCCAUUCCAAGUUGAUCGCUGGCGCCUGGAUGAACUGGACGACUUGCUCAUCGAUGCUGAGGAGACCGCUACCAAGGAUCUCACCACCAAGGAUGCGAAUGUUGUCAACUCGACUGCUACUCCCAGAAGCACUGUGGUAUUCCGGGACUCACUCCUAUGCGUUUCGACCUUAGUUCCAACCACGCUCAAUCCCCCGCCCAUGGUCUUCCCUCUUUCCACCGAUCACCUCCUCCACCUAGUCCAAUACAAUGUUUUUCGAGCUUUCGUCUCCAACAAGCGUACCCUGAAUGCGCUUCUCAAAGGUUGGUCAUACGACAAGCCUUAUACAGAAUGUCCGGUUUGUCCUAUCAGCUUACCCUACACCGACGAUACCAACAUAUAUCCUCUAAACCCUAACAUACCUCCGUCGCUAUUUCCCACUCGCUUGCAGCAAGAGCGUACACACUCGUCCUGGAUCAAUCUCUUUCCAUUCCCUUCGCUACGAGACAAUUUCAUUAGGUACGAGAAACAACUCGACCAUUGGGAUCUGUUGGAUGAUCUUGUUGGGGAGCUUAUGGGGAGUAUACCGACCCAGGAGCGAAGAGGUACACCAGUUGCUAUUACUUUGUCUGAUCCAAAGACUGCGCUGGAACAACCGGUCGCAGCCGUAGGCAAUGAUGACGAUGGGGUCACAGCGGGCCGCAGAGGACUUAUAGUCUGGGGAGAGCCUCAUGUUAAACAGAACUGGGAGGCUACCCCAGCGUUUCUGAAGAAGUGGUCGUGGGCAGUGCAAGGAUGCGACGAUCUGCUUGCUUCUAGUAACCGUUGGAGGUUGGCGAGAGGAGAAGAGCCUCUAAGUCUUCCGGCAAUGGAAAACUUGUCUUUGAAUUAG